GGACUGGCAGAUCUGGAUGACGUUUUUUUUGAAUCGAAAAAUCGUCCCUCGUCUCUCCCGGUCUCGUAUGUUGUAUGCCUAAGUCAGGCCUUCUUUCGUCAAGGUGUAAAACAUGCAAGAUGAAAUGAAGACUUAUCAUCCAGCAUGCAGUAGUUGCUAAAACUGCAAUAGCUUCGUCUAGUCGUUGAAGUGGAAGGAAGUGCUAUUUGUGAUCUUCGUGCAGGACAGCCGGCAUCGUGACCUAUGCAGCAAAUUAGUACUUUUUUGUUACAACCAUAACGGGGCGGGGUCUAGUCAUCGGCUUCAGAAUUUUUUGAAAACUUUGAACGUCCCGACGGUUCGGUCGUCCGAGAGGCUUUCUCACAACUUCGUAGCCAGUGCGAGACGUUGCUGGUAGCAUGUCGAGCCCCAGCUUGCCAUCGUGGUUCCUGUGUGACCGAUGGGGCCCUGCGCUUUUUGCGGGUGGUCAGCUUGCAUACUCAACCAUAGUGAGAUACGCCCGUACCUGAGAAGGUUGAGGCAGCGCCGAGCUUUGUGGCUCAGCGUGCAACAUCGGCGUGCUUCGUGGUCAGGGCCAAGGACCUAACACUGCGAAAGCGAAAAGUAAAAACAUGUCGAAAUAAUAAGAAAAGCAAAAAAUAGGAAAUAAAGCACUUACUAUCGUUGAAAAAUAGGUCCUAUGCUAUGAAAUAAAAUCAAG